GGUGAAGGUCCAAGCAGGGCUGCUGGGCUGAGGGACCCCACCAAAGGCUGUGCCCAGGGGCCAGGGCUGUGCCAGGCCCAGGCUGCCAGCCCUGGGGUUCACUGUGCCCUCCUUGCUCUGCAACUGUCCAUCAACCUGCGCCAAAGCACAGACCUGCCCUGCCACAAACCGAGCCCCCAGUGCCUGCCAUGAGCUGCCGAGACAGUCUCACACCGGUGCUGCUGCACGGAGUUGCCAUGGCACUGCACACCAUGCUGGUGACAGGGAUGAAACCAGAGCCAGCGGGGCCAUUGCAGGAUGUGCUUCCCCAGGAGCUUUGUCCCAGCCUGUGCCAGCUCCUGCCACGCUCCUGCCACUCAGAACCCGGCUGUGCUCCAGCACCAGGCACCAGUGGCCAUCACUGGGGGGCUGCGACUUGCUCUGGGCAACUUUCCAGGAAGCCCAGGUGGAGAGGCCCCUUGGACCCCCUCCAUCCAUCCCCAUCAGAGAGCUGUGACUUGCAGCAGCGACGGCGGGGAUGCCCUGUCCCUUCCCUCCCUGCUCUCAGCACCCUCUGCGCCUGAAGAGCAAACAACAGGUCACUGCCCCUGCUUAUGGCUUCAGAGGAGGCUGCUGACCUGGGAGUGCAACCCACCACCCCUGACAAACCCGUCCUCCCCACCACCACCACCACCACCACCACCCCUGCAGCCCCUGCAGCCUCCACAGCCCCCACCAACCCUCCCAGCUGCAAGAAGAGCCUGAAGAAAAAGAAGGCGGCCAAGGCCAAGGGAGAUGCCCAGGAGGGAGGUGAUGAGGCAGUGGGGAGGGUGGCUGCGAUUGAGGGGCUCACACAAGCCGGGCGCCAGGCGCUGGCACUGGGUGCUGGGCAGGAGGCAGUGGGGUGCUUCAGGAAGGCCCUGCUCCUCUCCAGGGACGUGGUGAGCACUCAGCUCCACAGGGCUUGUGCCUUCAACCUGGGAGCUGCCUAUGUGGAGACUGGGAAGCCCAGAAAGGCCCUUGAGUUCCUCCUCCAGUCCCAGCCCUUGGAGAGGGAGAAUGGGGAGCACUCGGGGGACCUUUAUUUCAACGCUGGGGCAGCUCAGGAAGGGCUUCAGGACUUUCCUAAGGCUUGUUUUGGCAAAGCCACUGGCCACAAUGACGUGUCGCAGGCUGGCGGUCGAGCAGGGACCCACGUGCAGAUGGGCUGCUGCUACCUGGGGAUGGGGGAGCCGGCACGAGCAGCGCAGUGCUUCCUGGACGCGGCACAGACCUACACGGCAGCGGAGAGCCCCGAGGCCGCGGCGGUGGCUCUGAGCAGGGCGAGUGGCUCCAUGCUGCAGAGCCGGCGGUUCCGAGCGGCGGAGAUCGCAGAGGUCCUCGCCCGGUGCCGCUCGCUCUGUGAGACCAUCCCUGACCCAGCCCUGCAAGGGAAACUCUACAACGACAUUGGCCUGGGUUACUCCCAGCUCCACAUCUUCUCCCUGGCUGCUGAGAGCUUCGAGCAGGCCCUCAGGCUCUGCAGAGGGGAGCUGGAGCAGGACCGGCACCGGGAGGCUGCACUGCUGCAGAACCUGGGUGCUGCCCACAACGCCCUGCGCAGUUUUGGCACAGCGCUGGGCUGGCACCGGCGCGCGGCCGCGCUGCACGGCACUCUGGGGAACCGGAGGGCACAGGGGCAGUGCUUCGGGAAUCUGGCAUAUGCCUGCAGCCGGCUCGGGAACCAUGAGGCUGCCGCGGAGAGCUACCUGCACGCCCUGCAAGCCUUCCGGGACUCAGGGGACGUGCAGGGGCAGUGGCAAGCAUGUGAGGGGCUGGGCACAGCCUGCUUCCACCUGGGAGACCCCCAGAAAGCCAUCGGGCACUACGAGGAGGCCUUGACUUUGCUUUCCCACUGCCAGGACACCCCCAGAGCUACCCGAGAGCGGGUUGUGCACAAGCUCACGGAUGCCAUCCAGCACCGGCUCUGCCUCGGUGGCCGCCUCUCCCACCGUGGGGGCCGAGUGCCCACCCCAGCUCUGGAGCUCAGCCAGCUGCGGUUUUGCUCCAUGCUGCCCCAGGCCAGCGGGACACGGGUCCAGAGGAGUGAGGUGCCCUUUGGAGGGAAAGCCCAGGACCAGCUCUACAUGUGUGUGCCGGGAGCACAUCCCAAGCAUUCAGGCAGAGGAGUGGCCCUGACUGAUGGCCUCACGCUGGAGCCCUGCAACCCACACAGCAUCCUGAGCACCUCUGGGGAGGAUGAGGGUGGUCCUGAUGUGGCUCCAGAGUGUCCGAGUCAGCCCCAGGCUAACAGUAACAGGACCACCCCCCUGUGCCUGGCCCCACCACCCUACACAGACCUCCAGCCAUGGCAUCGUGACCACCAAACCCUCCAGCCAAGGCCUCUGGAGCGCCCUGGCGAUGACCCCACUGCCACUGUCACCAGCUGCUGGCCCCGCGGGAACCUCAAAGAGGGACCAGGACACUGUCCCUUGUCUGCAACCUUGUGUGACCAGCAGGACACGUGGGAGAUGCCAUUUCUCGGGAGGGACAGCCCCAAGCUGGAGCGGGGGGGCCCGUUGAGCCAACACGGUUUUGACCCCACUCUGUUUCUGCCAUCCUUUCCAUGCCAGGGUCUGGCGGUGAGGAGAAUGAAGGGACUGGAGGGAUCGCGGGGUCCUGAGGGGACUGAAGGAGGAGGAGGGGGCUGGAUGGACCACGAGGUCCGGCCUAGAGAGGGACUGGAGGGACGGCGAGGUCCUGGAUGGGGGCUGGAGGGGGAGAAGGGGACUGGAUGGAGCGCGGGGUCCCGAGAGGGACUGGCGGGGAAGGGGGGGGCUGGAGGGACCGUGGGGGUCCCGAGGGAGACUGGAGUGGAAGGAGGGGCUGGAUGGACCGCGGGGGUCCCCAGGGGACUGGAGAGGGCGGGGGGGGGGGGGGGCUGGAUGGACCGCCGAGUCCCGCCGCGUCCCGCCGUGGGGAGAGAGCUCUGCACCGAGGGCUCUGCACGGCCCCGCCCGGGCGCUCGGUGA